AUGGCCAACUCAGGCAUUCAGCUCUUGGGCUUCUCGUUGUCCCUGAUCGGCGUCGUAGGACUGAUAGUGGGCACCAUCCUCCCGCAGUGGAAGAUGUCCGCCUAUGUCGGAGAUAACAUCAUCACGGCUGUGGCCAUGUACCAGGGGCUGUGGAUGUCCUGCGCCUUCCAGAGCACCGGACAGAUGCAGUGCAAAGUUUACGACUCCAUUCUGCAGCUUGACAACGCUCUACAAGCAACUCGUGCCCUGAUGAUUGCGGGCAUCAUCGUCUCCAUCGCCGGCCUGGGCGUGGCCUGCGUGGGAAUGAAGUGCACCAACUGCGGUGGGGACGACAAAGUCAGGAAGUCACGUGUGGCCAUGAUGGGGGGCAUUAUCCUGCUGGUGGGGGCUCUGUGUGCGAUAGUCGCGUGCUCCUGGUUCGCCCACAACGUCAUCCGUGCCUUUUACAACCCCUUCACUCCCGUCAACACAAAGUUUGAGUUUGGAGCAGCCAUCUUCAUUGCCUGGGCAGGCUCCUUUCUGGACAUCCUGGGGGGGGCUAUGCUGGCCGCAUCAUGUCCCAGGAGCAAGCAGGUGUCCAAAUACCCCUCCAAAGCCUCCCCCCAUCCACCUAGCAGCACCAAGGAGUAUGUGUGAGCGCCCCCUGAUGGCCUCUUCAUUUCCUUCCCUUAGCCCCUCCCUGGUACCACAUGAAAAGCUACCUUGCCAAUACAAAGGAACAAAAAAAAAGAAAGUUUACCUUACCUCUGAAUAUUAAAAACUGUAUUUUGGACAUACUUCAGUUUUCUCAUAAUAAAUAUUUAGGUUUUGCUUACCUGAAGUUUUUUCCCCCCUUUGCUCUAUUGUGUUGUUCUGAAUAAAGAAAGAAGUAAGACCCCUUAGAGAAAUACCCUCAGCUCUGUCUACUGCAUGCUUUCCUUUUCCUGUGCCUACAGUAUCUGUGUGACACACUCUGAAUUACACUGACACAGGCAUUGUAUACGGGGUCUUUCAUUCAAGAGAACAAAAACAAGUGCCUUUCAAUUUUGGCCACAGAGUUGUGGGAUGCACCUCCUUAAAUAUGAUCUGGCAGGCUUCCCCUCCGCCCCCCCCGCCUUCGAGUACCCUGUGAUGGUACCAUACAGAGGGGCACCUAAUCCAUCAGAAAUGUAGUGCCAUCCCUUGUCUGAUCUUCAUCAUCGUCGUCGUCAUUCCCAAUGGCUUAUUCUUCAAAUGCCGCUUAUUCUUCAAACGCUCCACUGGACAUCAUAUGCCUAAUCUUUUUAUGGUAUUUGACAGUCUGGUCAUUUUCAUCAUGCUGAUUUUUGUCCAAGACUCAGAAAACGUGUUUACCUGCCUGACCAGGUUGCAAGUCCAACCUUAUCUCACUUGGUGGUCAGAUUCUGUUUUUUUGGGUACACCGUGUGUUUUGUUUUAGUCUCAUGCUGUGAACCUUACUCUUUUCUUGUGAAGCUCAACUGGAAAUUCCCUGGGUCGGAUUUUUUUGUUUCUGAUAAAUUUACACUGAGAAACUCCUACCUGGCUGCAUGUGUCAUUUUUUGCAUUUUCUUCUAGUUGAUAUAACUUGUAAACAAUUUUAAUAAAGUAUUGUUUUUCUUUAAAAAA